CAUCCACCCACCCACCCCACCAUCGUGCCCCGUGAGAGGCGGUCGCGAUGGAGGAUUCUCAACCCCACCACCGCCGCCGCGACCAACAGCCACCGCCGGCGACGCCGUCUGCUCGCGUGGCUCGCCAGGCCGUCUACAACACGGGCGCGCUGCUACUCGCCGCGCUGUGGUGCGGCGCGGCGGUCUGGCUCUGCGCCCUGCUCGAGCAGUUCCUGCGGCCUCUGCUCUGGGCGACGCUCUGCGGCUCCUUCCUGCACCCGUGCAAGCGCGCCCUGGCGGCGCGGGCCCGCGCCUGGCUCGCCGAGCUCCGCGCGCGCCGCCGGCCCCUGGCGCUCGCCGCACUCGCGGCGCUGCCCCUGGCGAUGUCCGCGCGCCUCUGGCCCCCAAAGCCGCCGAUGCCGGCGGCCCUCGGGCCGGGCCCGGCGUGGUGCCGGUGGCCGGGCACGUGGCGGCAGAAGAGGGGUGCCGGGCUCGCCGUGCCGCCGCCGCCGCCGCUGCUGCUGCUGGCGGUCGGGGUGACGGCGACGGUGGUGGUGGUCGCGGAGGUGCUGGGCGGAGUGCGGGAGACGUUGCACGGCGUGUUGGGGCUCUUCGACUCGAGACGGGUGUGGAGCUUCGUCUGCGCCUACCUGCUGGCGGUUCUGCUGUGUUGGAGGCCGCGCACUCAACCCGUGCUGCAGGGCCUCGCCUGCCUGCCCUGGGCCGCCCUGCUGCUACAUCUCGUGUCUCUGGCCGGGAGUUGGCGGAUACCAGCCCUGCUACUCCUGCUCACCCUGCUGCUCGUCGGCUGGCUCAAAGAGAGUGGCAGAGACGGUAACAAAGGAGUGGGGUUUUCAGACCUUCUGGUUCAGAUGUCUACCAUGGCCACCUCCAUCACGGGGUUGGGAGCCUCGCUCAAGGAAGCCCAAGACUCCUCUGCAAAAGCUCAUUCAACAGAACGCUCUGAGUUCACUUCAGCAUCGUUGACAGCAGACCAAACAUCGACUUCGUCACCUCAAAAUUCUACGCUCUCGGGUGAAACCUCUUCCUCAAACCGUGCAGCACACACCCCAGCGCGACCUCCUCCUACCAGCUGGACCCAGGGACCUCACCGAGUGCUGUGGCUGACGCACAGGCGGAAGUGCGUCAGUAACGUCUACUUCGUGACGCUGCUCUGGGCGAUCGUGUCCGUCCAGAUUUGGCUCAACCUCUGGAUUCUGCAACUCCUUCCCAUUCCCAUUUCCAUAUGCCUGCUGAUGAAGCUACUGGAGGCGUUCCGGGUGCGGGAGUUUGUGGUGGCGUGCGCCGGGCGCUGGCUCUCCCGCCUGGAGAGCCACCUCGAGGAGCGGCGAGAGGCCCUGCUGCCCCGGCCGAUCUACGGCCUUGGGCAGCUCCUCUUCAGUGCUGACCGGAAGGUGCUGGGUUGGCUGGAGUCGUCUCUGGACAAGCUGAUCAGCGUGCUCAUCAUCCUGCUGCUGCUGGUGGGCACGCUGCUGCUGGGGCUCUUCCUCACCGCCAAGGUGCACCAGGAGAGCAAGCACGUCGUGGCCGUCACACGCAGCCUCAUCAACGAGACGCUUGCCCAGCACCCCGAGUGGGCCAACUGGCUACCAGAGGCUGAGGCGGAAAUGCAGAAAGCCUUGGACUCGGCGGCCAAUAGUGUCUAUCAGUACGGCCGGGAGUGGAUAACAAGCCGGCUGCGGAAGAUGCUGGGCGAGAAGGUGCACAACACGACACGCGUGGAGAAGCACGUCCUGGAGCUUUGGGACCGCCUUUACCAGUCUUGGUUCAUGCACAACGGGACGGCGCUGGGCCGGAGUGGGAGCCGUGCGGAGAGGGCCCCCCUGGGGCGGCAAACGUCGUGGAUCAUGGACGUGCUCGACUGGCAGGACGUGGCCUCCUUUGUGCAGGAGAACAUCUCCGUUUUCCUCUCGAUCCUGGAGUCGCUGUGGGUGGUGAUGAUCCACAACGUGACUCUGCUGGUCUCCAUGGCCACCACGCUCCUCACGCUGCUGUUCUAUGGGGGCACGGCCAUUCUCAACUUUGUCCUGUCCACGGUAAUCUUCCUGACUACCCUUUUCUACCUGCUGAGCUCCAGCAAUGAGUACUACAAGCCUGUCAAGUGGCUCAUCAGCCUGGCCCCUCUCUCGCACAGUGGUCUGUCUAGCCACCUCAUCGGGCGUACCGUGGAAGACUCCAUCAGGGGCGUGUUUGAUGCCUCUUUAAAAAUGGCAUCCUUUUACGGGCUCUACACCUGGCUGACGCACACCAUCUUCAGCAUUAAUGUGGUCUACAUCCCUGCAGCGAUAGCGGCGUGCCUGGGUGCGGUGCCGUUCCUGGGAACGUACUGGGCGGCCCUGCCGGGCGUGCUGGAGCUGUGGCUGGCGCAGGGCGCCCACGGACAGGCGCUGCUGCUGCUCACUUGCCACAUCCUGCCCACGUACUUCGUCGACACGGCCAUCUACUCCGACAUCUCAGGAGGCGGCCACCCGUACCUGACGGGGCUGGCGGUGGCUGGCGGCGUCUACUACCUGGGCCUGGAGGGCGCCAUCGUGGGCCCCAUCUUGCUGUGCACCCUCGUCGUAGCCGUCAACAUCUACAGCGCCAUGCUGGCGAGCCCCAGCACGCCGCUCUACACGCCAACGGGCUCCUCGCACAUGCACUUCUUCAGACGGUACAUGUCUGAGUGCCUGGACCAGGACUGAGGGAGUCGGCUCGCUGCUGCUACUGGUUUUGCAAACUCUCUUUCGUCAAGGCCGAGGAUGAUGCACACGCUGGUUUUUUUUUUAAACGGUGAGCACUGGUGGAUGCCAACUCACUGCUGCUCCCAUCAGCAAACUCCCGGCAUUUGGACGCUACUGCUGCUGCCACCUGCAGUCGGCGCUGGGUAAAGGUCAGAGUCUUUUUCUCACGAGGGGGAGCGGCGACUCAUCUUCCAAGACGGCGAGAGAAGGAGCACUACCCCUGAGCUCGGCGUCACAUGACACACAGGCACCCCACCACACCCCCCACCGUGAUAUUGGCGCGUGACUGAACGUGACGAUUUCUGCGUGAACUUUGCAAGCGGCUGUUGCCGGGCUGCUAUGUUGUUCGUUGCACUUCUUUGGUAUUGUGGACGCGUUCAGUCGCGUAACAGGUGGCGGCUGUGGCCGGGAACGCCAUUGCGCCGGGAUGUUUGUAAAGCACUUGUUACGGAAGCUAGGGAUGCGCACAGCACUGUGGACUUUACGAGGAAAUGCAUGAAUACAUACACACACCGGCCUGCUUGGAGCCAAAAUCGCUCGUCUCCUGUGCCUUUGGUUCGCCAUGUGAGCGCAACGGGAAUUUGUAGGUUAGUGUCCUGCAUUUAGGCUUGUGGUGAGCAGCACAAUUUUGGUGCAACCCCAUAAUUUUGGGGGCAUUUGAUGUACAGUAAUUAUAUUUUCCUGGCUGGGCCGAGACGAUCGCUUUACCCUCACAAUGAAGACUGGAUGAAGACGAGAGACCUGGCGUCAGAUCCCAGUAGCUCUGAGGCAUAGCAUCGGUGUCCAGGAACACUGUGGUACUCCGGUGUAUGGUCCCAAGGCCACUUGCAAUGCUCUUUUCGUGCGGAUGCGCUUGUAUGUUUUAAAUCGCUGUUAUAAUUUAUCAUUAUUUAAAAUUGCAUUGAAGUGAAAGUUUUCGGUAAGAAAUUGCGUGCAAUUGAAAUGGCUUCAACGUUUCCAUGCUACUUCAUAUAGUCGUGCAAUAUUGAAAUUAAUAAAAUCUUCUUGCAAUCGUUGCUUUUAAAUCAUGUUUCUUUAUGCCAAUGUUUUUCGGUGUUGUUGCUGUAGUGUUCACGGUGAGUACUUCCUUUGCAUGAUGAGUUUAUGGUAAAACCCGUGUCACCGUGGAGCUCAUGUAACCACCCUGCAGGUUUGGUUUCGUUGCCCAUGACGAGCACGUCUGAAAAUGUGCACGGGGGUCUUUUCACGUGUUUUGCCGACAUGUAGGCCCAUUCAGAAUUAAAUUGACAAUUUUUACUGCUGAGUGUUCCAGACUUUUACGUCCUAAAUACAGAAGCUUAAGCGAGGCAUGUUUCGAUCAAGUGAAAAAAAUAAUGUUGCAUCAAAGUUUUACUCCCUGAUAAUAAGUUGUUAAACAAAAAUGACGUGUGUAUAUAUACAUUUUGUCACGUGAUUAAUGUGGUUUUCCAUUCCCCAUUGAUCACCUUCGCACGGCACGUUGGUUCACUUCAGGUUGCCGUGUUUGAACAAGCACCCUGGGAAGGUAGCUGGCUGUGUGUGUACAUGCACACUUGUUGAACUGGGUAUUUUUGUAAACCGGUGUGUGUAUUUCCUGAUGGUGUGUGGUAAGCCGUUGUGAAACGGCCCUUUUGCGAGUUCAUCCAGCAGAUAGCGAUAUGUUUGUGUUAUCGGCGUGUCGCGUCUUCCCCCCCCCCCCCAGCACAAUGUUCCAUGCGGCUCAGUUAAUGUUUGCUUCUGGUUAAACAGAUGAAACCCGCUUUGGCGUGUUUGUACCGACAGUCAGCUCUAUUCAGUUCCUGUUGCUCGCCCUGCACACCCGCAUGUGUGAGCAUGCUGCAGCCAGCAACUCACUAAACAAGCAUCACAUGGCCAGCAUCUCCACUGCACGGCAAUCUUAAAAACACUACUACUGCCAAAAUCGUGCAUUUUACGUAAAACAAAUGUCCUCCCUGGGCUGCUGGUCUCCUGUAAUGAAGGAACUGCAUGUACUGCUGCUGCUGCAUCGCAGCGUUGAUGGUCGAUGAAUGUGCGGUUUUAUUGUUGCAUGAUUAUCACGGUGUUGCCAGACUGAAGUGCGACCUAACGAACGGCAGAAGGCUGGUGAAAUUAUCUAUAUGGGCACGUACUGUAUGCUCCUGUAAACUACUGUGUUUUGGGCGUGUAUGCGUGUCUUGUGUGCAUAUAAUGUUACACACUGUGGUGGCAGUUUACUGCUAUUAGUGUUCACUGAAUAUUAACGGAUUUGGUGGCCAGUGUGAUGCUUUCCUGGGGGCUUUGUCGCGUCCGUUAGACGUUCCGCCAAAAAAACGGGGUUUUUUUCAAGAUGAAGUAGUGAUGAAUAAAGCAGUUGGAAGUGAAAACAAAAA